AUGCGUCGAAGGAGAUUGGCUUACCAGAUUUUACCAGAAAUCCUUGCGGAGAGCAGCAGCGGCAUCACAACAGUCAGCAGAUUCUCCAUUGGUGUUGCUAUGUGCCGCCCCGCUUCCGGCUGUCCGAAGAUAUGGUCGACCAAAGGCAAGUAUUUCUUCAUUGCUGGGAUGCUUUGUGUGCUGCAACCCUUUACCUUCGUGCUGAGUUUCGGGCAGGACGUGUGUGGCCAGCAGCUCCUGCGGGCGAAGAAAAUCCUGGACUUGUUUGGCUCGGAAGCUAUGUUUUUGCCCAUGAGUGGCUAUUUGCCUUACGCUCCACCGUGGCUUGAAAAGCAUUGGGCGGACUAUUUGCUGAACCUCCCAGAUGACGCUCUUCUUCACGCGGAGCAGCACGGCUUGGCUGAGCUCCUCCUGCCAGACGAACACGCACCAACCACGCUCAGGGAGACGGCCACCACGCUGAGUGCUUUGGAGGCGCAGUUUCCGGUGCUGGCGCGGCCAAGUGCAGCGGCAAGUGGCUAUGGCAUGUCGAAGCCCAAGCUGCAACAGGUUGACUGCUUCCUUCGUGCUACGCGGCACUGUUUGCGGCAAUCCACAGAGAUCGGGCGCGUGGUGGAUGUUGGCUGUGGCCUUGGUGCCUUGACCCGGGAAUUGGCGAUUUCGCUGGGAGUGCCCUGCCUGGGCCUGGAUCGCGACCCUGAGAAGGUGCGAAGUGCGGAACGUUUGGCGGAGAAUGUGGGCAGCCAGGUGUCUUUCGCUGUGUGCGACAUCCAAAGACCUGGAGCCCUGCGCGACGUGCUGCGUCCGAGCGACCUGGUGGUGGGUUUGCACCCCUGUGGCAGCCUUGGAGAGGACUUAAUCCGUGCCGUUGCUACCUCUGAAGCAGCUUUGCUGAUGGUUUCCUGCUGCAUCAUGGGGCGACCCUGGGCACCUGUGCCAUUCCCACGGCCACCGUGCUCCCAGCUGGGUCAAGAGCUGGCGCUGUCCAUGCCGCGCAGUGCGCUGAAGAUGGCGAACUUGUGGGCGCCCGGUGCUGUCCCUGAGGAGAAGAUCAUCACGCGCCUUUCUUUGCGACAGCUCUUGGCCAUCAAGGGAUGGCUCAAUGAGUCCUUCGCCCCCAGCUGCACUUCCCUGACACCGUCCAUGAGGGGGGUGACCAGAGCCCAUGUCAAAGGAGGCUUCGGCUCCAUCGCUGCGCGCGUGCUUCACCUCCGCGAGCUGCCACCGGCCUCGGAAAAGGAGCUGACGGAAGCGCAGCGCUGGGGCACAGAGGUGGCGCCCAUCUACCGAAGACUGGAGCUGCUAACGCCUCUGCUGGGCGAAGCUUCAGAGUUGGCUGUGAACCUGGAUCGGGCGCGCAGCCUGGAGGAGGCGCAGAAGCCAACGACCUUGGCACGGAUGUUCCCGAAGGCGUCUUCCCCGCGGAACCUGGCGAUUUAUGCAGCUGGCGUGCUCAAAAAGAUGUGCCAUCAUGUGCAGCACCAGCAGAAGGAGAUGCAGUACUUGAACAACUUGAAGCGACACGUGCCACAACAACUGCAGGGCACUCAAGGUAGUGCUCCGGCAUUCGUGCGUUCCCCAUCACCACCAGGUGGAAGGGCGAUGCGAAGCCAACAACCAGGGACGCCGAUCCAAGCCCCACGCAUGGAGGGCGCUCAGCCUGGCCAUGCAUCUCCCAUGGUGCCACCGGCCGGCAUGACCUCGUUCAUGCCACAGGCCGGAGCGAUGACACCGAUGUCGCCGAUGACGCCGGCUCCCGGAGCUGCAACGCCCAUGGCUGGGGCCCGCACGCCAAUGGCCGCUGGGGCCGCUACGGCCAUGGCCGGCGCUCCUCGGACCACCUACUCCGCUUAUCCGGUGAGAAGCGACUCGCCCAUGGCUUAUCAGGCGCGAAGUUUGUCGCCUAUGGCCAGACCGGUGGUCACUGCGGUUGCUGCGCCCAUCACUGCAGCGACACCCAUGCGAUAUGGUGCCUUUGUGCAGGCUCAGCCAAUGCCAGUAGCUUCAUAUGGUGCUGUCAUGAUGCAAAAGAGAGAGGUGGUUAGACCAUUCGCCCCACAGGUGCCUGUGGCCUUCAAAGUAGCUCCACCCAUGGCGGCUCAGGCUGCUUCGGUGACACCUCGAAAGGCGGCGGCUCCUGCCGAAACAGGAGCUCACCGGCCCUCUCGAAGCGUUUCGCCGCUCCCAGCUGGCACCAUGGAGCGCGUGCGAGUCGGUCGACAAGAAAGCAAGUGA